AUGAAGGUGAAGUCCCUUCAUUACAUCCCCAUGCUACCGAAGGCCGAUGACAAGAUGAUUCGUAAGCCUGCCCCGCUACUAACGAACAACGUCCUGAUUCGGGCCAUGUACAAUGCAGUAGGAAAACAACCAACAGCAGAUGAAAUCCCAGAUUUAAGGAACAGCUGGGCCAAAAUCCCGGCAAAUAAACAAACCGUCAAUCUAUUAGGAGAAAGUCUGUUCUGGGACACAUAUCUAAUAAUGAUGGCCAGUUACGGAGUAGAGGUGGUAGAAGCGCUAUUCCAGCAAAGAGACGCAGUUGUCGAACUUUGUGCCACUCCGUAUUACUUUGGGCUCGUCUUUGACAAUAGUAUAAUUCCGUCAAGCCCUCGCUGGAUUGUUGGUGCUGCUGAUAAUUUAUUAAUUUUGGCGUUGUACCUGGUCAGUCAAAUCAGUAUUCACACCCAGGCUAUUUUCAAGAGCCAGAAGUAUCGUCUCCUGCUGUCAUGCAUUAUAUUCGGCCCUUUUAUGUUGUUUGAAGGGUGGAAUUUUAUACAAUAUGAGUCGAAACGGUUGGAACUGGGGCUGGGUCUUCUUUUCUUUACAGUGGGGUACCCCAUUAUAUCACUCAUUUUUGUGGCUUUUUGCUUUAUUAUUUAUUCAAGUGCAUUUUUAUUGGUAGGCGGUCCUUCCAAAAUGAGAACUCCUUUUGGAUCUAGCGAAGUGGGUUCGGCAACUACUCUACACGAUGCCAUCUUUAAACUGUGUAAAGCAGCUGUUUCUGAUAACGGAGGCCAUAGCUUUAUCAAGGAGACAAUGGUCAUAAAGGCUCCAUCGGUCACCUGGGUAGAGAAUCCUAAGAACUUAAAUCUGUUAGAUUCGUCUAUGGCCAUAUUAGAAUCCACUCAAGCCAGUGGGAUUUCCAGCAGCACCAGUAGCAGCAGCUCCAACUCUAUUUAUGCACAACAACAUUUGGGGAGCAAAUAUAUUUCCUGGCUCAUGCGACAGCCAAACUAUAGCACCCUAUCGUACAUUGGGUCAAUGCUAAUAUUUAUCAUUAAACUGGUGAAGAAAAUCCAGUUGUUUCUGAUAUACAUCAGUCAAUUUCUACGGCGGUCAGCGAGAAACUCUGAUAAAACAAGCACUCGACCCGACUUACAAUCUGGACAUGUUCCAUUUAUACUCGAAGAACUAGAAGAAAAUGAAUCUGACGAGGAAGAAUAUAAUGACCAUCUCGACAAAAACGACGCUGUGGACCCUGAGACAUCGGAUAUAGACGGCUGGGAAACCGAGUCUGAGUCUGAGUCGAACGACUCUGCGGGCCCCAUAGACAACGGCACUUUCCAAGAAGAUUUCCAGGAGUUGCUUCUUUCUGGUCCUGACUCUCUACAAACACUCCUAUCUGCAGAGAGUCCACGACGAGACAUUCUCCAAAAGCAUCUCUUCAACAACAGUGGACGGCCACUCACCCGUUCUCAGUACACCCGAUUACUUGAAAACGAUAGACAGGAAUCACUCAAACUGAUCCAGAACCGAUGGCACGACCACAACACCAGCUCACUUCAGAACGCCUCGGACUUCGACAACGACAACGAAGACGGACCGGACCUGCCAUCCUCGAACCUGUGUGUCAUAUGCAUCUCCGCACCCCGACAGGUGGUGCUCUUCCCAUGCGGAUGUCUCCUAAUGUGCGAACCCUGCCGCGAGACCCUGGCAUCGCAGCUCUUCUCCGGCUGCGUCAACUGCCGUCGCAAAGUCGAGUCCUAUUCCCACGUUGUCGCGGAAUAG